ACGUCUGCCAGCAGUCUGCCACCGAUAUAUGCCUAUCCCGAGCCCCAAACUCACUCUCACUGCCACAUGCCACCCGCAUUGCUCAGCUAGUCAGCUCUCCUCCACUCUACCUCCGUCAACGAUCGCGCUCGCGCCUCGUGAAUUUGCUCUCCGAUCUCACUUCGUCACCAUGGCCAUGGCGCCCGCAUGGCUGUCCGCUCCCCGUGCCGCCCUCUCCCACCUCGAUGGCGUCGUCGUCCCCGCGGCCGCGAGUCGCUUCCGCUCAGAAACGGCUGCCCGUGUGGUGGCCGUCGUGUUCCGGCCGAGGACGACCGUGGUUUCUGCCGCGGCGCAGAGGAGCCUGGUCGCGGUGGCGGCGGCGACGGCGACGGUCCCUGCUGCUGCUGCGGGAGGGGAUGAUGAGGCAGGCACCCCGUUUGUCGAGGAGAUGCGGGCGGCGGCCAUGCGGCUGCACUCCAGGGACCAGGCCAGGGACGGGAGGAACGAGGCGCCCAUGGAGCCUCCCAUCGCCAAGUGGCAGCCCACCGUCGAUGGUUACCUCCGGUUCCUCGUCGAUAGCAAGCUCGUCUUCCAGACGCUCGAGGCCAUCGUCCACCGCGCCGCCGUCCCCUGGUAUGCCGAGUUCAGGGAUACUGGUUUGGAGAGAUCAGAGCCACUCAGGAAGGAUUUGGAAUGGUUCAGGCAACAAGGUCACGCGAUUCCAGAACCAUCAGCUCCUGGCAUUACGUAUGCUUCGUCUCUGGAAGAGCUGUCUGGGAAGGAUCCCCCGGCAUUUGUUUGCCAUCUCUACAACGUGUACUUGGGUCAUACUGCUGGAGGCCGAAUCAUCGGCAAAAAGGUUGGUGAGAAGAUCAAUCUCCAGAAAGAGCUGGAGUUUUACGAGUGGGAGGGUGAUCUGUCGCAGAUGCAGCAGAAUGUCCGGGCGAAGCUUAACCGAGUCGCUUCCGGUUGGUCUCGAGCAGAGAAGGACCGCUGCCUGGGCGAGAUGGAGAAGGCGUUUACCUGCUCAAUAGACCUCCGCCGCCAUAUGUUUAUGCUCCCCUGAUUUUGUCUAUCAAUACGGUUUACAUGUCUGCUUCCAUGUUUAGUUGUUAUUGUCAAUAAUUUAACCCUGUUGCUCAGGAAACGUCAGAUACUGUGUGUUUCAUAAAAUAUGCCAUAGAAUUGGGCAACUAGCAUGGAGAUGAUUGUAUCUCUUUCUGCUGUCUGUAAUUCUGGAAAUUAACAGAUUAUUAUCUUCUUAAUUUGGAUGGUUACCGCUUACCUACAACCAAA